GAGAGAGAGAGAGAGAGAGAGCAAGAGACAAAAACAAAAUUCAAGAUUCCUAAGAGUGUCAAAAAGGGAUUAGAUCUCUAUAUAUAUUCGUCCUCUGCUCUCUGACGCUACGCUAUGUUUCGGGUAAGGGUUCAUAUUUUCUCUUGGACUCAUCAUCACUCAUGGAAGGAUGAAUCAAUUACUACACUACAAAGUCUCUCACCACACCCCUAACCAAAAAAAAAAUCAAAAAUUUGUUCACUUUCCCUCUCUGCAAAAUCGAGAUAGAUGCUGUUAAAGUGAAACCCUCUUCUUUGAUUUCUUCUAGAAGAACAUGUCGUGCAAUCCGGCGAGUCUAUGUUCUCGCCAACCACAUACUCCGAUCACCUCCGCCUUCUUGUCCUUCUUCGUCGAAUCUCUCCCUCACGCCGGAGGUAUGUUUGCAGUGCUAUCCACCGGAGCUCAACGAGAGCUAUAUGGGUUCCAAGUCAAUGAGAUGAGGAAAUUUGCUCGACGGGCACAGCUUGGAGGACCGAUCGAGACUGGCUUUUUGGGCUCAUGAUUCAGAGCAAUCUGUUCAAUCCGGAGGCAAGAUCUUCGUCUCUCCGGAUUACAAUCAGACGAUGGCGCAGCAGGGCGAGAUAAGUAUGCGGAGGGUUUUGGGUUUAUCAUAUUUAACUGAAUCUUAUGUACCCUAGAUAUGCUAUGAGUUUUGCUAACAAAGCAAUCCAUGUCCUUUCAAGUGGGUUCAAAGCUACGCUUCAGGAAUGUCGUGAAGCUGUUGGAGGCCAAGGUUUGAAAACAGAAAACCGAGUUGGUCAUUUAAAAGGCGAAUAUGAUGUGCAGACUACAUUUGAGGGUGACAAUAAUGUUCUGAUGCAGCUGGUGAGCAAGGCACUUUUUGCUGAACUAGGAUAAUACCCGCGGCGUAAUUGUUUUUUUGUAUUGUUUGUAUUUUAAUAUUUUUAAGAUAAUUUUUGUAUGCUGUUUAUAAUA